GUGUGGUGGCGGUGCCAAGAUGGCGGUGCAGGCUGUGCACCUGGAGGCGGAUGCCUUCCUGGUCUGCCUCAACCACGCGCUGAGCACCGAGAAGGAGGAGGUCAUGGGGCUGUGCAUCGGGGAGGUCGACACCAGCAGAAUUGUUCAUAUUCAUUCUGUGAUUAUCCUGCGCCGUUCAGAUAAGAGGAAGGAUCGAGUGGAGAUUUCUCCGGAGCAGCUUUCAGCUGCUUCUACUGAAGCAGAGAGAUUGGCUGAGAUUACAGGACGUCCCAUGAGGGUUGUGGGCUGGUAUCAUUCUCAUCCACACAUAACUGUCUGGCCGUCUCAUGUGGAUGUGCGCACUCAAGCCAUGUAUCAGAUGAUGGACCAGGGCUUUGUGGGGCUCAUCUUCUCCUGUUUCAUUGAGGACAAAAACACAAAGACAGGCCGGAUACUCUACACCUGUUUCCAGUCAAUUCAGGCUCAGAAGAGCUCAGAGUAUGAGAGGAUUGAAAUUCCUAUUCAUGUUGUUCCCCAUGACACCAUUGGCAAAGUGUGCCUGGAAUCGGCGGUGGAGCUGCCCAAGAUCUUGUGCCAGGAGGAGCAAGAUGCAUACAGGAGAAUUCACAGCCUCACCCAUCUAGACUCUGUAACCAAGAUUCACAAUGGCUCAGUGUUCACCAAGAAUCUCUGCAGCCAAAUGUCUGCUAUCAGUGGUCCCCUCCUGCAGUGGCUGGAGGACAGACUGGAGCAGAACAAACAGCGGGUGCAGGAACUGCAGCGGGAGAAAGAGGAGCUCAUGGAAGAACUAGCUGCCCUGGAGUGAAGAGGAAACCCCAGACACUUUUCUUUUCUUUUUUUUUAAGUCAGUAGGAUUGGACAGGAGUGACAUGUGGCUGAUGUGUGAUCUGUCUUGCCUUUCUGUGAAGAUGCUACUUGUUCCUCUCAUCUCGCUUCAUGUGACAGCUCUAAGAACGCUUCCACAAGAUGACCAAGGGCUCACAUCUGUCUCCAGCUAGAUGGGAAAGCCUUGUGCUGCCUAUGUGAAAAGUCCACUUGGAGUGCACAAAGGAGCAAUCCAGCAGCACCCUAACUAGGGUAAUUCAGCAGCACGCUCUUGGGAAGAGACCAUAGCUCUAGGAGGGGGAUACCUAGUGAAUUUAUUUGGUUCCCCUCUCCCCUGUUGUUCAACACAAAUCUUUUUCCCUUUUAUAUAUAUUGCUGGGAGCCUGGAACCAGAGUAUCAUGGGUGGGGUAAUAGCUGCACUUCUACAGUGAUCAUCACAUCUCUGUUGUAGCAAAUAAAUCAAGCAACUCGCUAGUCAUGGUCAGAGAAGGGGGUAGGGUGGGGCCGUUAUGCCCUUGACACUGCCAAUUUUGCCUCCUUUUGGUAGCUCCAGUUGACAGGUAGUGGCUUGAUGUCUACUAACUUUCUGGAUUACUGAUUGCCUACUCUUGCACAUGUGCUAGGGGUGGGGUAGAUGCGGCCAAGAUGAAGGGGGCUUAAGGUUUAUGCCUUCUGUAUUUCAAACCAAAUAAAGAAAUCCAAAGUGAGGGAAGUCUGACCGUGGAAAUGAGUUGGAUGCUGCACCAAACACCAUGUGAGUACUGCAGUUUGAGUGUUCGGUUUCCUUCAGCGUCUCUCACUGAGCUGCUACCCACUGUUGAACUGAACUGGACUGGAUGGGUGACAUUGUUUUACAGAGAGGAGUAUGUGAGGGGAGAAUAGCUGUGACAGAUAAUGAAAACUUUUCCUUCCUGUGUCCUGA